AUUUGAUCACUGUUCCAGCUCACAGUCAUCGUCGUCGUCGUUCUCGUCGUCGUCGCCGUCGUUGUUCAAGUGUUCUCAUUGUUAGUGAUCUUUAGUGUGCUAUAGCGAAAGUUAUACCCAAAUAGAAUCAGUUAAACAUUGCAGAACUUGCCUUAUCGUUUUCCUUUACAGCAUACCCGAAUUUCACUAUGUCUCACGCAUCCUAUUCUUCUCACUCCCAAUCCAUCAUGACCGAAGACGAAGAAGAUUGGGAGGACUACGUCAAGGGAGGCUACCAUCCUGUUCACAUCGGUGACUCUUUUUCAGACAGCAGGUAUGUCGUCGUCAGGAAACUCGGUUGGGGUCAUUUCUCCACAGUAUGGCUCGCCAAAGACACAAAAAUGAAUCGUCAUGUCGCGCUCAAAAUCGUAAAGUCCGCCCCCAGGUACACAGAGACCGCUCUCGAUGAGAUCAAACUACUCCAACGUUUGAUCACAUCUAACACCCUUCCCGUCGCUCCAACCCCUGAUAAUCCAAAUCCUCCCCCAUCCCAUGCCCACACACAUCCCGGGAGAUCACAUGUCAUGUCAUUUUUGGAUCACUUCCGACAUAAAGGCCCUAAUGGCACUCACGUGUGCAUGGUUUCUGAAGUCUUGGGUGAAAAUCUCCUCGGACUCAUCAAACGACAUCAGAACAAGGGCGUGCCCAUGCACCUCGUCAAACAAAUCGCGAAACAAAUCCUUCUAGGUUUGGAUUACAUGCAUCGUUGUUGUGGCAUAAUUCACACAGACUUGAAGCCUGAAAACGUUCUUAUAAGUAUCGAUGACGUCGAAUCUAUCAUUCAGACCGAGGUUGCCGCGUCAGCAAAUGCCACAUCACCACCCACCCGACUCGUCGGCGUACCCCCUUCCAAAGGUCGUGGUGGCAACCAGACACCUCGCUCCGAAUCCGUUUUCAUAACCGGAUCUCAGCCCCUACCGUCCCCAUCCUCCUCGUUCGGCAGCAGCCCCAUGUUCGAUAAGCUUGCGUUCGGUAUGAGCAAGAUCGAUGGUGAGGCCACCUCCAAGCCCGGAUCUUACGGAUCUAGUUCAAUGGCGAAGGAUGGAUCAGCUGGAUCAGCUGCAACAUCAGGAUUGGGCCCCAUGGACGCCUCUUCCAAGCGCGCAGACUCGACAGAGGUGGCCGCAGAGCGUAUCUCAAAUGUCUCGCUCCAUCCAUCCGGAUUCAAUAAGACGCCGACACCUCACCCUGCCAAUCCUCCAGGGCCUUCACUACUGACACAAAUGGCCCCCUCCCAGCCCCCAGUUACAACAUCCUCUCAGCCACACGCUGUAUCGACUUCCAAAGCAUCUGCGGAACCCAGUGCUGUCGAUCCAAAGCUUUCCACCUCUGUCAUGUCUAUGGAUUCGGUACUGGCAGAGACAUCUACAACCUCUAGCCUGCUCGAGAGCACUACGAAGAUCACAGUCAAAAUUGCGGAUCUUGGUAACGCUACCUGGGUCGAGCACCAUUUUACAGAUGAUAUUCAGACGCGACAGUACCGUUGUCCGGAGGUCAUUCUUGGAGCUAAGUGGGGCACUAGUGCAGAUGUGUGGAGUGUUGCCUGUUUGGUAUUCGAACUUAUUACCGGAGGAGACUAUCUCUUCGAUCCUGCGCCAGGCCCACGGUACAGCAAAGAUGAUGACCACAUCGCCCAGAUCAUAGAGCUGCUGAGAGAAAUUCCAAAGUCAGUCGCGUUUUCAGGGAAGUAUAGUUCAGAGUUCUUCAACCGGAAAGGUGAACUCCGACAUAUCAACAAGCUUCGGUUUUGGCCUCUUGAAGCGGUAUUGCAUGACAAGUACCUCUUCCCGAAGGACGAAGCUGAUGCUAUUUCUGCCUUCCUCACUCCGAUGCUUCAAUUGCACCCCGAGCGCCGUGCAAAAGCUUUCGAGCUUGUGCAUCAUACAUGGCUGGACGGUAUAACGGUGCAGGGCGAGAUCGAUAUCGUCCGGCGGGCCGAAGAAGAAGAGGCUGCAAGACGCAAGUCUACAGAACAAAUUUCACUUGAUGCCGAUGAGGUAGAUGCCAUGAAACCGGUCGGGGAGGCGGGUACCGGAAGCGAUGAUGGCACACUGCAGCGGGAAUCGGUACAACCGCAUCAAGCGCCCAUACUAUCUGCACCUCCUGUCCCGUCAUCUUCCACCGCCAAGGAGAAUGCGAAUGCCCCCUCAUCAAAGUCAUCGCAUGUCCGGUAACCAUUUCCUGUUUUGUCCUGCACAUAGACGUGUGCACUAUUAUACCGUAGCACUUUUGUUUUUCUCAUCUCUUACCAUCAUAUUGUGUUGCUAUCUCACAGUCUUGUCUGUACCCAUAGACCGCGACGCGAUGAACACUAGUACUUACCUGCCCUGCUGUUUGGGUGCCCUUGUUUGCGUAGAGUUUCUAUACCAAGAAAUGUAGUAAAUAGAAUAUGGAGCCGUAGUUCACAAAGUGGAUGAAGGUAGACCUGUAUGCUAAUAAAGUAGUUUGAUUGUU